AUGAAAGUCAAGGAGGUGAACAGAACAGCAAACAUUGCAUGGAGUCCUGCUCCUCAGUAUCCUAUCUAUUUAGCAGCAGGAACAGCGGCUCAACAGCUUGAUGCUACCUUCAGUACCAAUGCUGCUCUUGAAAUUUUUGCUCUUGAUUUGUCAAGUGGUGAUACAGAGAUGCCACUUGCAGGAACUGUGGCUUCAGAACACAGGUUCCACAAACUGGUCUGGGGAUCACAUGGAAUGGAGUCCUCCAGUUCGUCAUCGGGACUUUUAAUUGGUGGUAGUGAUAAUGGUGUUAUUAGCAUCUAUGAUGCAAGCAAGAUUCUAUCUGGAGAUGUUGAUGACUCAAUGGUUUUUCAGUCUACUAAACAUACAGGACCGGUCCAAGCUUUGGACUUCAAUCCCUUUAAAUCAAGCCUGUUGGCAUCAGGAGCUAGUGAUUCUGAGAUCUACAUUUGGGAUUUGACAAACCCUAGUAACCCUUUGACACCAGGAAGUAAAACUCUGCCACCUGAUAACAUCAGUUGUGUGUCAUGGAACAGACAAGUGCAGCACAUCUUGGCCUCAGCAUCUCCCUGCGGCCGUUGUGUUGUUUGGGACUUAAGGAAGAAUGAACCAAUCAUUAAAGUCAGUGAUCAGAGUGCUACAAUUCGAUGUAAGGCUGUUGAAUGGCAUCCAGAUGUAGCAACACAGAUGGUGUUAGCCUCCGAAGAUGACAGAUACCCAGUAAUUCAGAUGUGGGACCUUAGGUUUGCCACAUCUCCCAUGAAAGUGCUGGAAGGCCAUCAGAGGGGAAUCCUGUCAAUAGCCUGGUGUCCUCAGGAUCCCGACUUACUUAUGAGUUGUGCCAAGGUAAAGUACAUUCUGACUUUGCACAUGUACAAUCCUUCACCUUAUUACUUGAAUACUGCUGUCAGCGGUACUUUUUAUCCUGACCAGUCUUCAGGUUAUUAA